CAAGCACAGCCACAGAUGUCUCGACAAAUACAACAGCUACACCUGUUGCAACAUCAACAACAAAAGGAAUCACAACCACUACAUUCAUCUCAGUCGCUGUUCCUGUUGCCACAGUACCUGGUUCUGCCAUCACAAUACCAACUGGAGAACCCGUCACUGUUCCUGUUACUGGUUCUACAACUACAACCACAUCUGUGGCCCCCUCAACUACUGUUUCAAGCACAGCACCAACAUUGGCUAUGACAACUACCAGCACAACUCCAACAACUACUUCUACUACUACGACAACAACUACCACAACGACUGCACAUCUUGCAGUGGUUACAUUACAACUCACCAUACAAGAGGUUUUUGUACCAGCUUUGAGUAAUCCUCAAAGCACAGAAUUUCAAACACUUGCGGUAACCAUUACUUCAGUGUGUGACGUGAUCUAUCGAGCAAAAUAUGGGAUUUUUUUCAUCCGGACGAUUGUCAUUUCAUUCAUACCAGUGUUCCGUUCUCGUAUGGCAGCAGACACACAGGUGGAGCUGGAAGUGGUGUUCAAUGAGACCGCCAUUGCAACUAUCGCUAAUGCAACUAUGCCCAAGGACAUUGACAUUAAAGAUACACUGAAAGAGGCUGUGACCAAUCCAAACUCUACCUUCAACCUCUCUGUGGUUCCAAACUCCAUCACUAUUAUCAGGGUCCCAAAUACAUCCACAGGUGCCACCACAAUUACAACGGCUACUCCUGUCAUCACAACCGUUGUCCCAGCUGCUCCAACCACUACAACUGCUGCUGCCACCACUACCUCUGUGGCCACAAAUACACUCACUACAGUGUCUGUGGAGUUCACGUCCAAAGGAGAAACAUUUAUCUCCGACCUAUCAACCUCAUCCUCUCAGGCCUUUCAAACUCGAGCAUCACUGAUUAAAACACAGCUUGAACCUUUCUAUCGAUCAGCUUUCGCCUCUUUCAACAGUUUGACAGUAAUAAAAUUCAGAAAUGGAUCAAUCAUUAACACCAUGAAGUUAGCAUUUAGCUCCUCCGCUGUGCCAAAUUCCAAGGAAAUUGGCACCGUUUUGAUAAAGGCUGCACAAAACAUCACAGCUUUCAACAUCAACCCCACGUCAGUUACUGUCAGCGGUGAAGUUGUGACCUCAAGUGGAAUAAGCAGCAAGACCAGUCUCUUCACUGCUUCCUGUCUGGUGGUGUUGUCGCUGCUGCUGUCAAGCUAGUCUCAGCAGCAAGCAGCAGUAUGAAAUAUCUUAACUUUGAAAAUGUCAUGUCCCCCACUCCCAUCAUAUGUAAUGGCAACCUAUUUAAUCAGUAUUUGUUAACUUAAGUUGAUUCUCAUUAUAGUUAUAGUUAUUAUACUCAUUAUUCAAAUUGAAAUAAACCUAUUCU